AUGCCGACUCUGUCGGCGCCUCUCCGCGACGCCGCCUUCCCUCAUCCCCAGUCGUCGAUGACGAACAUCUAUUCCCUCAGUCAUCUUCGUUGUUGUCUCCCUAUCACUGUGGUUCUCAGUCCGUCGAGAUUCCAGAUCCGGAGAUGCCGCUGGGAAUCGAUACUGCCCACACGCCGCCAGCGCCUCGCCCUCCAUCUCUAUUCCGGAUCCGGAGCCGCCGCCGAGACACGAUGGUGCCCACUCUCUUUCAUCUUCAACCUUGGUCACCGAAUCUCCAGAUCGGCGCCACUCUCACUUCCUCUCGAUUCCAGAUCUGCCAGCAAAGUGGGACAACACCGCAACACCAACUCGAUCUGCAUGGCCAAUCCCUGCCUGAUUUCAUCACAAUCUCAUCGUUGA